AUGCUAUUUGAUCAUUCUGGCCAACUCGACAACUCGACAAGAUGUCCGAGUCGACCACACCCCGUCCGCACCUUCGCGAAGCAGCCGCGGGAAGUCCGAGCGAAGCUCGCCGCAAGUCAAGAGCGGAUCAACAAAGCCCUCGAGGAAUCCAAGCAACUCGAGGCCGACCUGCUGGCAACGGUCGACGCCGCACUGUCCGAGGCCAGCAGCCGCAGUCGGUCUUCUCGCACGAAGACCACCCGGACUGAGUCCUCUCACCGCGAGGACUCAGCCGGAGCACUCACAGAGCAGGCGCCGUCCGACCGUGAGGUCGAACAGGCACCGCGCGCUGAGCAGCUCGAGCCCAACGUCGAGCUCGCUCAGAGCCGCCCGGAGACUGAUUCUCCGCCUGCUACCAGCCAACCGAUGAAGUUCGGCACCACUCGGAGGAGUGGUGAGCGCGCCGAGCUCGACGACGUAGCCGUAGUCGAGCUCGUGCCCGGAGUGAACGAGCAGCGCCAGGAGCUGACUCGCAUUAGCACACGGGAGGGCAUAGGCACACAGUACUACAGUAGUACUGUGUGCAGUGGGAACGAGCCCACGCGUGUAGAUACGCCCGUCGCGUGCUCAGAGAUGAGCCGCGACACAAAAAGCAUAUAUUCGUUGUCGAAUGACGUGCGAGCCUUGUCGAGCAGCUUGCUCGACGCGACGCGCGACGCGCUCGACCCUACGGGCGUCGAGCGUCACGGGUCCGUGGCGAGCGGCCUGAGUGCUAGCGCCCACCGCACUGCGCUCGACCGCCACCACCGACUCCACGUCCUCGACCACUCCCACUCUCUGGGCAGCCACCUCGAGCGCCCGUCUGGCGAACCAGACGCGCGCGGGGCCCCAACGCGAGUGCGAACUCGCGUUCGCGAAUGGCUGUCUGACUUGCCGCCAGUCCAGUCAGUGGCGACCGACGACCUGGUACUUCACGGUACCAGAUCACCACCUCCUUCCUCCCCGGAUCCUCGACUCUCCCCUCUCGUCUCGCGCCUCGACCCCUACCGCGGCUCUGGCGACACGCAACGCAGCCGCGUGAUCCAGGACUUGAACGAUGCGCGUUCAAGUCCCGCGCCGAGUAGCAGGACCGAGCGGACCACGAAGGACGCGGAGCGAGGAGAGCAGAAAGAGGACAGGGAGACGGGGAGCGAUAGCGAGGAGAAGGAGAACAAAGGGACAGAGGGAGGAAGGGUGCGGGGCGAGCAGGAAGCACGAGCCCGAAGGCUCGACUACCACAGCACGUCUGUGCUGCGGGACGACCUCCAGGUCGUACCCUCCAUACCCUCUGUACCUGCGCCAGUAGGCGUACCGACGAACUCAAGGCUCGUCGUGCGCACUACUGGCCACGACUAUGGCACUACUGCCCUCAGGCGGACGUAUCCACCUCGAUACCUAUCCUCUUGGCCGUGCCCGCACCAGCAAGUGCAGCGAAAGAACGUGAAGGUCACCGAGCGCGCGGCUGGCCAUGAGGACGGCAGAUCCGCGCUGCAGGACGACCUGUUGGUCGUGUCUUCCGAUCCGCAAGGCCGCACACUUGCGUUAGGGGACGACCGCGAGGUCGUACCCUCCAGUUCGCAAGGCUGCGCGAUGGAGACGCAGCACUUCGCGUUUGACGUGCUCUGUUCCGGUAACAACGACCGCUUCAUAGCGCACACACCGAAUCUACUACUCGAUGUGCACGCUAUUGACCGGCACGAAGGGUCCGCGCCUGCCAGGGCGUCCACACCAGUGAGUGUGACGACGAACAGGGAGCCCGCCGAGAGCAUCGCCCGCGACUCGUCGGGCCACCGUCUCUUCAUCGCUGCUCCCAUGAUCACGAGUGACCAUGAAGAUGGCACGUUCGAAUUACGAGACGACCCAAUGGUUGUACCGUCCGCACUGCAAAGUGGUGCACCUGUACUAGUGGACGACCGCGAGGUCGUACCUUCCAUCUCGCAAGGCGGUACAACGGACCAGCAGCGAUGCAGGUCCGAGGUGUUCCAUUUAACCUCGACUGGCUGUGACGCGGUGUUCACUGACUCCUUGUCGGACAGUAGCAUCGCGCUAACAUCGGCGUCCCAAGAUGGAUCGCACUUCCGUGAGGAAGUGCAGGUCUCUGGCUGCUCCGACGCAGCUGAAUCCUCUGUGGUUCAGUUGGCCAAGCCAUGGGACGACCCCGGCGACCCAUUUGGCGACGCGCUCGACUCCACAAGAUCUUUGGAAGGCCGACCGCCGCGUAUGGCCUCGCUGCGAGAGGCUCGGACCGUCCCUUGGCGAGCACAAGUAGUUCGCACCUGCACAGAUGAACCGCCUGCGGUUCAACUGGCAGGCCCUCCGGACGGACUCGUUAUCACCUCCGAUGGUCAUCAAUUCCGCGCGGACGCCUCCCAGGAGAACCUGCACAUCCUCCAGGGCGUGCAAGUCUCCGUCUCGGGCUUAAAGACAGCCGAACCCUGUGCGGUUGAGCUGGCAAGCCCCGAUCUCGACCUCGACUUCUCCAGCAACCACUCUCUCCGCGACCCCGGCGCCCCGACGAGCGCGCAGCCCGACGAUCGCGUACUCCUGAAGAACGCGCGAGCUCGAGCUCGCGACCCGACUGCCGCACUGCCGGUAGUGCAGCGGCCGGCGCUUACGAAACCCGAUACGCCAGACCGGUGUCCCGACCGUCAACCCGGCGAGAACUUUACAGUUCUCGCCGAGGGCUCGCUCCUAGGGAACCCCACCCAACGUUCCAUCGACUUCUCCAUGGUUUCCGACACCCAUGGCGACUACGACGGGCACCACGAGUCGGAGAUCGCACGCGAACCCUGGGGGACGCGCGUAGGACCGAAUGACGGUCAGGGCGGGACGAGGGCGAUAUGA